GCCCACGCUGCUCCUCUGGGACACCCGUCCAGACUGACCUCCGAGACUGGACCUCUGGAUGGACUCCUCACAUGCUGUUAGUGCAGCUGAACAGCAUCCCUACAAUGACACGAUGUGUGGCUCACACGGGAGCGCCGAUGUGUGACCUGAUGGCAGGAUUCAAUCAAGGACCGACCACGAGGCAGCGUCUACUUUGGUCUCCGCCUUCACCAUCUCACCAUCUGCUCCCUGCGGAAGAGGCUCUCGAAAGAUCCCGCUGGAUCCCCGCUGUCGAAAGCUUGG